AUGGAAUUGACAAGCAGCGUGCUCCAACAGCCAAAGACAAUGGGCAAUAAAGCCGCCUGGGAGUGCUGGGUCGAACGGCAAGGUCGCCUAGCAGCGGCCAACUCACGCACUUGGCGGAUAAGCAGGAUCCGCAGGAUAUGGGAGAGGCUGCCACAUAAAUUACACUUUAAUUUUGCAGCAUUUUUGGCCACGGCUUAUAAAUCAGCCGAGUGGCGCUGAACGCGACGACGACGACAGCUGGCUGCUGGCUGCCUCCGCCGGAUUCUCUCUGGCUCUGGGAGGCAGUUCCUCCGGGUCUGGGUCCUCUAG